AUGGCUUCCAACGACGAGAAGAUCGCCAAUCUCCAGGCCAUUACUGGCGCUGACACUGACAAGGCUAGAGAUUAUCUCCAAGCGUACGACUGGGACAUGCAAGCCGCUGCCCAAGCACUUCUCGAAGACGUAGAUGAGGGCGACGACUCCGACCAGGAAGAGGCCCAGGGCCAAGUUCCCGACAACUAUACUGGACCCCGCACUCUGGAUGGACGACCGGUAGCGACUGGUUCCGGCAGCCAGCCUCGGGGCCAGCCCAAACGCCAAGAGAAGAAGAGGGGUGUCGCCACCUUGUCAUCCCUCGGAUCGAGCAGACACGCGCAUGGUUCGGAAGAUGAUGAUGACGAAGAUGAUGAGGACGAAAAGGGUCGCGGCGAUUUGUUUGCUGGUGGAGAGAAGAGCGGUCUUGCCCUGCGGGAUCCGUCACAGAGGCCAGAGAGGGUGAGGGCUCCCGAGGAAUCAUCAAUGACAUCCUCGCCAAGGCUCGAGCAAGCGCGGAAGGGUGCAGAUGAGGAGGCCGAGCAACAGCCUACCCGCAGGUGGGGCUCUGGAAACACCCUAGGAGGUGAUGGCGUCGAGAGCCGACGCGUAGGCGAUUCCGCAAGCGGCGCUGGCACAUCACAGGCGGCUGCUCCGCCAGUCGGUGAGGCUCAAGACAGAACAAUCCAUAUCUGGCAUGAUGGUUUCAGUUUCGACGAUGGCCCUCUAUAUCGCUAUGACGAUCCGGAGAACCAAGAGACCUUGCGUUUGAUUAGGAGUGGGCGCGCGCCUCUCCAUCUUAUGAACGUCCGGUUUGACCAGCCCGUCAAUGCCCAUAUUUCCCAACACGACGAGCCCUGGAAACAGCUCCCCAAGAUCUACAGACCGUUUGGCGGCGAAGGCAGGCGCCUAGGGAGCCCGGUCCCCGGCGACGGCAACGCUCUCCCCGACGGCACUAGGCUGCCUGCCCGUUUCAACACGACGCAGACGGUCGGCGACAUUUAUAGCUUUGUCACGAGGGCGCACCCCGCCACGCAAGACCGACCCUUCGUCGUCGCCACCACCUUCCCUAACAAAGACCAUACCGAUCACUCGCUAGUUCUCGGAGAAUUGCCCGAGUUUAAGAAAGGCGGAACUGCCGUCAUCAAAUGGGUCUAA